AUGCGUCAAAUCCCGAGCGCGACCCUCUUUGGGGUUGAUCCCAGUCUCGACGGCCUCCACCGAUUCGAAACAUCCUGGCUGCUGCCUCCCGCCGUUCUCGCAGGCCUGCGCGCUCUCAUUGCCUUGUACAUCUUCACCACCAUCAUUGUCAUCUGGAUUUGGUACGGUACCCAUGAUGAUCGCGUGGCAAUCGGAGAAUCCUUCAGCUACUUCACUUGGUUGACCUACUGGGGUCUCGGCUUCUACUUCCUCUUCUCAGCCAUCCACACGGCCUGCUAUGCAAGGACCGGGUGCUCUGUGCUCUUCGACCGUUGGCCACGCGCCUUUCGCGCUUUGCACGGCUUGCUCUAUGCGACAAUCACGACAUAUCCCUUCCUAGUGACUAUUGUGUUCUGGGCUAUUCUUUUCACGCCACCGUUUUACAAGACCACCUUCCCCGGUUGGUCAAACAUCUCUCAACAUGGCCUGAAUUCGUUCUACGCUCUCAUGGAAAUCAUUCUUCCGGCAACAGCGCCGCAUCCGUGGAUUUUUAUUCCAUUCCUAAUUCUCAUCCUACUCUUCUACCUCUGCGUCGCUUACAUCACCGCUUACAGUCAGGGCUGGUAUCCAUACUCCUUCCUGAAUCCCGAGCAUGGGCGCAAGAGCGGCGAGGUGACGGGAUACUGCUUCGGAAUCCUUGCAGCAAUCCUGGUCAUUUUCUGUAUCUCUUGGGCGCUCAUCCGAUUGCGCGUUUGGUUGACCAAGGGUGAAGUCAAGAGAUCUCGGUAUGAUACGCAGCUGCAUCAGAAAUUUAGCAACAUCGCCAAAUCGCAGGUCGAGUUGGGUGGUAUGAAGGCUCCUGUCUAA